AUGAUGUGGACCGUUUGGCUCUUGCUCAUUCCGAUUGUGAGCGCUACCUUAUCUACCAGAAGAACAUUGAAUCUCAAUGCGCGGCUGUUGAAUUACACACUCAGCAAUUUGGACGAACUAGAGACUCCUUGCUACAGUUUUCUGGCAUACGCGUGUGGCAAGUAUGCGGCGCGUCAUGUCAAUGACUCCUUUGACGGAGUCUUCCAGGAGAUGCGCCACAAGGGGAACCACAUUCUUCUCGAGCAGCUGGAGAAUAAAUGGAACACAUCGGAUCUUCAAGGCUUCCAGCAAGAGAGUGGGGGUGGAAAGGUCACGAGGUUCUACCGCAGCUGCCUGAAUGCUCCGGCGGAAACACGAACGAUAGGGCACUUCUUGAGGUUGGCUCCUCCGGCUGAGGGACUCACUUGGCCCCUCCUGAGCAGCCCUGGUGAUUCCUGGUCCGCCGACGGUUUCAACUGGAUGGAUACCCUAGCAUAUCUACACCGAUAUAGCUUCACCGAUGCUUUGUUCAGCUUGGAUGUCUCGCAGAACCUACUAAACAGCUCUGAGUUUCUAUUGAACAUAAGACGUCCCAGAGUUUACAAGGUGUUUGAUUAUGAGGAGGCUCAGAGAGUUUUGCGGGAGCUGCAAAUGCCAUUCGAACGGAUGAAGACUCUUUUAAGGCAGCUAACGAAGUUCGACUGGGAUGUUGUGAAUCUGCCCAGAAAUCGAUCAGGACUUGGGCAAAUUAUGACUGUAGGACAGCUGAAGGACAUAACCGGUUACGACUGGCUAAGAUUUAUCGGAAUAAUAUAUAACCAAGACAUUUCACUCGAUCAACGCGUGAAGGUUAAUGAUGUGCAGUAUUUCAAGGACCUUCAUCGUAUAAUCAACUCCACUUCCCAUGACCUCCUGGCCAACUAUAUAAUGAUUCGAUUCGCACUUUAUCUGCAGGAGGUCACCGAUGGCGCACUGGAUUCCAUCGGUUGCGUUCUGGAUGUGCGCCGCAAUUUCUAUGUGGCCUCGAGUUGGCUCAUCGAGAGGGAAGAAGUAUCAUAUGACGAUUUUUUGAAGGUCAAGGCGCUUUUCAAUAAUGUCCGCCAGCAGUUACUGCUGAGGAUCGAGAGCAACCGCCUCGGCCUUACCGCUGAGCAACAGGAGAUGGUUUCCCGGAAGAUCCAGGCAACUUCCCUCAACAUCAACGACUUCAACUGCGACGGAAGCAUUUCGGAGUGCUUGGAUGAGUACUAUAGAGAGCUGGAGAUUCCUGUGGGCGACCAGGAUUUUGCGCGGGAGCACCUCAACCUGCUGCAGUUCCGCACCGCGAAGAAAUUGGCCAAGCUGCACGACCCCCAAAAGGUUAUAUUUGUUCCCGAGAUAAACUCUGUUCAGAGCUCAAAACCUUACUAUGUCAGCGGUCGGAACAUGGUCGUCGUGCCAAUUGACCUUCUGCUGGAUCCGUUCUUUCUGCUGGACAGCCACGAUGUGUUCAAUUAUGGCUCCAUGGGAUUCGCUCUUGCCCGAGAACUGAUGCGCGCCGUUGAUGGUGAAAAUAUCCUAUACGAUGCCGACGGAAACCUCUAUCAAAUUGGCUAUGAUAUCUGGAAUUUGCCUCAAUUCUUUGAAGCGCUGUCUUGCAAUAAUGAUAACAACAACUAUAACAAUCGAAUCGCGGAUAUUGGUGGCUUGAAGCUGGCCUACUCUGCUUACUUGGAGAGCGUAAAAGGUCUACCCAAUAACUUCGGUAUCGAUCAUAUCAUUAACGUGGACAACGAUCGCCUUGGGAACUACGAAGCACCAAGAUCGGAAACGAACCUUUCACUCCAGCAGGUGUUCUUCCUCAACCUGGCGCAGUCUUUCUGCAGAGCUGGCGUUUCAAGUAUUACCAAUUACGAAGAUGACACAUCUCGAUUAGGAAAAAUGGUGGUAGGCUUUGAACCAUUCCACAGGGCUUUUGAAUGUGAGUGGAGAGCAAGGCAGUGCGAGAUGUGGUGAAAACAGCACCCGAAGAACCUAAGAGAGCCAUAGGAAAAUGAAAAAGAAGGAGUCAGUUCUGAAGCCACAAUUGGACGUUAAUAAUCGUUGAUUUCCCUGGAACCACAUCUACUGCUGAGUUGUUAAUAUAGACCAUAAUUACAGCUGAUGCUAUCAUGUUGUGCCAUUCAGUGUUCUUGCCCUCCGGAAAUUUCUAUGCGUAAACCGCAGAAACGAACAAUAUUCAAUUAAAUUAACAAACAAUUAUCAUCAAUUUUCAUUAAAUUAAAUAACAGCCCCCACAAAAACAGCAACUGACAAAAAUAGAAAAAAGUUAACCUGACCGGGAAUGACAAACUUUUUUUACGCAUUGCGUCGCAAUUAGUUG